AUGCCGGCGAAGGAGUUCUCCGCUUUCCACACCGCGGACGGAGCUGCGAUGCAGGUGGUGAAAGAAUCAGGGGCCUCGAUUGGAGCCUCAAACCCGCAUAUACCCCAUUUUAUGGGGAAGAACAUGGCACUAUCGCAACAGCGGCUACGACAUCCUCAUUUUUUCUCCACAUCUUUCGAGGUCGUCAACAAAAGUGCGACGGCGGCUGAAAUUCGGGAUUUCUGCCGUCAGCUGAAAACUCCACGCUCCCCGGGAGAUCUUCGCAACCUACCACGUUUCGGCUGCGUAGAGAUGGAUUACUUUAAUAACUACGCCACUGUCACAGUGCUGCGUCUGCUUCUAGGCAUCUUCGAAGCCGGCCUGUUCCCAAGCUUUGCCAUCGCCUUCGCUGUUGGACAUAUGAAUGGAACUCGGGGCUUAUCCGGCUGGCGAUGGCUCUUCAUCCUCGAAGGCAUCCCUUCAUGCGCAUCUGCGAUUUUGGUGUACUUCUUCCUUCCUGACUACCCAGAAACCAGCCUCUUGGCUCUCACCGGCAGAGAAGGAGCUUGCGAAGGAGAGGCUAAGAGUGGAGGGCUCUAA